CCCGGGGGAAAGCGGGGUGCGCAAGGGGGCGCCUGCGCCGGCCGGCGCGAAUCUGGCCGGCGCACAGCUCGGCGGUCUCCUAGCGACCCGGGCCGCCGGGAAUACACAGCACCGAGGCCCGGCUGUCGUCCCGGAGCGGGGGAGACCAUGGCCGAGGCCUGGCGGCUGUGCGGACCGGCGGCGCCCACCCGGUUGCCGGCGGGCGGGACCUGCGGGCCCCGGUACAAGGAGGGUCUACCUUCCAAGUGUUUCACAAAGCACAGGCACAAGCCGACGUGUCCCACCUCCCUGAACAGCCUGCGGUGGACGUUUGUGAAGAAGGGACUGGAUGACUUCAGGAGGGGCUGCCCUCCUUGCAAGGGUCUGCUCACUCGGGGUCCUCAGGAGGCCUUUCUCCCCCAGAUCCAUCACACAGCUCCCCGACCUGCCCCAAAGAAGAGGCAACACAGGCGGCCCAAGGAAACAGCCCUCUUUCCCAAGCUGUCACCAGUGCCGCGAGCACGGAAGGCAUUCCUGGCGGACGGUGAAGCCCAGCUGACCCCGCACCCUUUGGCUCUCUACCCUAAUCUGGGGGAAGACAUGCCUGUUGAGCUCUUAUUAAAGGUGCUGGAAGUGCUGGAUCCCGACAGGAAACUGGAGGACACAUGGGCUUAUUGUCAGGGCGUCAGGAAAAGAAAAAAGGAAUCAGCCAAACCUUUAAAAAAGCAUUCUACCCAAGUCGACCUGGGACUUCCCAAGAAGACUCCUGUGUCACAUCCAGGUCAAUGGCUUUAUGAAGAAAAGAAGCCAAACGAAACAGAUUUGCUCCAUAAAGAUGGUCCUCUUUGUUAUGAAAAUGUGCGCAAAGGAGUUAGGGACUUCUGCAACUGGGCUACUACUUUUGGAAGUUCAAACAUUGAUGAAGAGUUCAUCCUGAAACAGUUUGACAUUGACUAUCAGAGUAAACCAAGCCAUGAUGUGCUCCACACGAUAAGACUCAACCAGCCUCCUCUAGAGCUAAAGAAGAGAGUGGGGUUAAAGAAACUGCAGGAGCCACAGUUUUUCCAGAAACUAGACUGUGAGCAGAAACACCAGAAACCACAGAAUCCUCAUAAACCAAAGUGUGUGAAGAUGAGGUAUGGAGCAUGGUAUCUGAACACCAAGUUAUGGAAAAAGCAAAGAGCAGAUGAACCUUUGGUUGACCCCAAGGUCUCAUGUAAAGCUCAAGAUGACAAUUUUAAAAAGGAGCUGCAGGAACAGGUGCAGACUGUUGCCAUGUUACAAGGAUACCAGGAUGGCCAAAAUCUGGCGAGGAGGGGUCAUUUUUUUGCAGAAGCAGAAUGGGUUUCAUCCACGUGCCACAGUCUUUAUAGAUUUAUUUACUGCUGCCUUUGCACAAAAGUCAGCUGGGGCAUUUCCCGGACACUCAGGUUUCAGUCUCUCAGUGUGAGCCUCAGUUUUGAUGACGGCAAUUUCAGGAGGAGGAGUUACUUGCAGACCUUCAUGGAACCAUUGCCUUUAAGGAUUUCAUUCUAAGCAGAGGCUAUAGGAUGCCAAAUGAAGCCGUGCAGCCAACAUGAAGUUCAGGAAAUGCAAUACUGGAUUUCUUCUUUUCCAUGAAUGGCAGAGGGAGAGGAAGAGAAUCCCAAGCAGACCCCCACUGACACGGGGCUCCAUCUCACGACCCCGAAUUCAUGACCUGAGCUGAAAAUGAGUUGGAUACUCACUGACUGAGCCACCCAGGCACCCCUAUGUUUAUUAUAUUUUGUCUAAUUACCUAAUUGCACAUAUUAUAUAUUUUAUAACAUAUGUAAAUAUACUUGAGCAUAAAUAUAAUUAUAUGAUACAUGUGUAUAUAUAUAAGUGUGUAUAUAUAUAUAUAUUCCUCUUGCCAAGGACCAUAUAUAUAGGAGAUAUAUAUAUAUCUCCUUGUUUGCUGUUAUAAUAAUUCAGUUCUGUCUUAACAUUUUUUUAGUGGCAGAACACUUUUUAAAAAAAUUUUGAUUUGUCCCUUGUUGGUUUAGUCCAUUUUGUUGAUGAACAUUUAGUUCAAUUUUGGGCAAAAAGAAGCACGCCUGACACACCGGCUGUACUCUUUUGGCUGCAUUACCUAGAGAGAGAUGAUGCCCCUGACUACAGCUGAGUCCUCUGAGAACACCUGUCAUUCAAAACCCUGGAAUAUAUUUUCUUCCUUUAUUCUUACAUCCUAUAUCCUCUAUUUUAUCAAUAAAAUUUCGACUGAAAGAGAGGAGGGAAUGUAUUUAGUAUAUAUAUUAUAUGUUUUCAAUGUCAUUAUUUAAAUAUAUAUACGUAUAUGUGUGUAUAUAUAUACACAUAUAUAUAUAAACAUUCAUUCUCUUUUUAUUCACGUGAGGUCUGGAUGCACUGUACAUACACAUUCAUAUAUGUUACAUGAGCACAGGUACUUUAUACACAUUCCAGUAUCUGCUGCUGGAUUAUCUACUCUAUUCAUUACCCUCAGCUUCAUUCUGUCUGCUACACAGAUGGGUCCCAGGUUUUUAAUAGAAGGGAUGAGCAGCACGAGGCUUUGCUGAGCUGAGCUGGGCUGGACUUGGGCACAGAACAAAUGGGAAUUAGAUUUAGGUAUUUCUGAUGCUGUACAAAUAGCUUCCAAAGUCUCACAUUUAUCAUGGCCAAUUGUCAACACGGGAUUUUGAGUACUAGAAGGAUAUAUGUCAGAGUGUGAAAUUGUGAAUUUGCGUAUGGUAGUGAUUGUGGGCAGGACUGUACAAUAUUUGUUUGCCAAUCUAAUGAAGGUUUACUUUUUUUUUUAAAGUUCCUUGAGAAGAUGUAUAUCAGGAAGGAACAUAAAUGUGAGUGUAAUAAGACUUCUGUAAAAUAACUCAAGCAUAGAAGAAUCUUGGAAAGAUGAUUAGACCAAUUGUAUUUACUACAUACUUGGUUAUUUCUCUGUCUCAUUUUAAACCUUAAAUAAAAUUUAUGAGUGUCCCAUGGA